AUGGAUACAUUACAGGUUAUGAUGCAUGACAACAAGAGGACGCUAUUACUCGUUAUAGUUGGGUUACUGUUGCUGGCGGAACAAUCCUAUGCGAGCCUCCGGUAA